AUGGAGUUUGAACCAGAAAACAAAGAGGGUGCUCAUUUCGCAGAUUUCGAGCAAAUCGUCGAAAACAUAAUUCAGUGGCUGUGGCUCAAGGUUGACAAUGAAAAUGAAGAAGUCAGUCGCGCUGCUUUCCAGACGCUUGGCAGUAUAAAAAUCACCUAUUUUAAUACAGACGUAAUUCCGACAGACAUUUUGGAAUCGGUCAACAAUCCCGUUGUUUUUAAUCAGAAAUCAAGCGCCGAUGUUCUCAACCACAAUGUUUUCAAUAUCUUGCUCGAUUACGAAGGCGGCGAAUUGUUUCUUUCAGAAGUUCUAAAAAGCGAGAUAUCUACCCUACCUAGAAAUACUGCGCACAAUGCCCUUCGAAGACAAAGACAGAGUCGUCAAAAUAUUGAAGAAACUGAAAGGACGAAUAAAUUAUUCGAAUUUAUCCAGCUAAAUUUGUCCAGUCGUAGUACAUCUCCUGAAAUACGCUCAAGAAUGUGUUUUGCAGAGCUUUGUUGCCCUAAAUAUGAACAGCCGCAGCUUGUCAAGAGGCUGCGCGCCCUUUUGACUGAUACACCAUUUGAGCCGGGAAACCCUCGAUAUCUCUUCAUGCUAAAGAAUGCUUGGUCUGCGUAUAUAAAAAUUCGCUUCGAAGAUGUGUCGGAGCGAUUUACGGCCAAAGAAGCGUGGAAUUUGAUAUAUGCAGAGCUAAAUAACGCGUCACGGGGCUCUCCAAGUUCUCAAGUUCAUUCUAUUUUCGGACUUUCCGGACUGAUACUCGCGUUGUGGAUGUAUCGACGAGUUCAUGACGUUAGUGAAGACGUUCAAACAUAUCUAGAGUCAGCGAUUGAAACCCUCGCUGCAAUUUCAAUGCCUGAUCGUGAUGAUGCCGAGCGGCGGUACCGACUACUUGACUGGUCGCACUACAAAGCAGACUCACAAACAGGAAGGAUAACAACAAGCCAGUCGGGACAGGACGCUUCCCACUUCAUCAUGGGGGAUAUUUUACCUGUUAUUUUGGAGUUGAAUUACACCAGUCUCGCGGAAGAGUACAGCUCGCGGUUGAAGGCAGUUUGGAGAAACACAGAAGACAAAGAUCCAUUUGAAAUGAUUGCUCUUGGUGCUAAUGCCGUAAAAUUUGGAAUCAUAGAUAAGCAGCUCAAAGAUUUGGCUGCUAGUGAAAUAGAAAAGACAGAUGUUGAUCUCAAUAGAAGCGAGAUUAUGAGAGUUGAAGGAAUUGUUGGCGCUCUGACUGUUACAACCGCGUAUGAAGAAAAGUUGAAUGCGAACAAACUCGUCAGACAUCGGAAAAUGUUUUACCGUUAUGGAUUUGGUUCACACGCGCCGGCAGAAAAUGCUGAUCCAUACAGACUAGGAUCAUUAUCAUGUUUGGAUGCGGACACACACAAGGCUAUUCUUGAUGAUAAUGGACAAACGUUCAAAGGACGCCUAGGAUCAUUAUCAUAUUUUGCUGGCGUUCUCCAUUCAAACAGACAUCCGGAACGAGCCAAACGGGAUGCCUUUGCUGUUCUGUCUCGAUUUUGCUCUAACAUGGAGGAGCAUCCUGAAAUUAUUCUUUCCAUCGCGGCAAUUGACUUCCUCGGCGAGUACCUUCUCCUUGGGUCGGAAGGACAUAGCAGUGGUGCACAUGAGCUCCCACAGAGCUAUCAAUACCUUGACGAGCAUCUCAUGCUUCCGACAAUUUUCUCGCAAUUGAAACCUUCGACGGAGCGGCAAAGGCUUUUGAAACUUCUCAGAUGCAUUCAAAUCAAACUAAAGUUUCCGCCGAUCGAUUUCUUCCGAAUUUUCAUGCCGAUAUUAGAUGCACAUUCUGCUGAUUUUGAAAUCGUCGAAUUGAUCCUCAAUUUUUUCCUCAACCAGAUUUCAUUUUCUCCGGAAAUAUUGAAGAUUCUGAUCACGUAUCUCCUUACCAAUGUCCAACGCAAGCAACAUCUGGCUUUUACUCUACUAAAUUGGGAAGAACUUGCACCUCAUCUGCUGAGAGUUCUUGAUUCAAUGCCUGAAGCGCUGAACAUUUGUUCCUACUUGGUGAAGAGAGCUCCAACGAGAGUUUGCUCGUUUGACUAUUUAUGGCGAUUUCUGAGUUUCCAACAGAUCUGCCAGUUUCUGCCGUCAGUCCUCAAAAUGCUAGACUGCUAUAAUCAUCAUGGCUCAAUGAACAUAUGGUGGGAGCUCGGAAAAUGCCUUAACUUUAUGAAUUCUCUGAAGACGAGAGGUAGCGAUGACUUUCUAAAAACUGUGUCUUUCUCGGCGUCUACUGGCGAGUUAAUCAAGAUUUCCACCACAUUGACGCAAGAAGUUAUCCACUACAAAGACCUUCACAAGUCUGUAACUCCUCUCAUUCUACGAGCAAAAAAGCGUAGAAUCUACCCAACUCUUUUCGAGUUUCUGACAAGGGCUAAAAUCUCAGAGGUUUUAGCAAUUGAAUGGAUGCCUGACGUUCUUCAAAUUCUCAAAGAACAUCCAUCUUCAGAAGAAGCGUUGGAAGUCUAUCAGUUUCUCGCACAAAGGGCUUCCGGCAAGCCAUAUGUGUUUAUCAAUAAGAACACGGACCUAAAGACCAUGUGUUCUGCAAGAGCAAAUCUUCAAGCACAGCUGGGAAAAAUACCUGAAGGCAUCGAAGAGAAUCUGCGAAAUUGCGUUCUUGAAGGUUUUGGUAGGAAAAAAGCGAUUCAAGAUGCGAGAGCGGAAUUAUCCUUGUUGUACAAAAGCUUAGUAGACGAGCUAGACCCUGACUAUGCAGCUUAUGUCGCCAAAGGAAUAGUAGAGCUCGACUUGGGACAAAGCGAAUACAAAUCCGCUGCAAUCUGGGAGAAAAAGAUUGCUUUUGAUCUUCUAAACAAGGGUCUCGCCGACGAUGCAGAGAAAUUACAAGUGACUGAUUUGCUACAAAAAUCUGCACAGCAUCACCAAAAAGCAAAUUGCGAGCAACUUGCCGCUGCUAUCUAUCUUGAUGCUGCUGAAAAGCUAGCGGAAUCGUCCGCCGCGCCAUAUUACGACCAAGCAAUUGAGGAGCCGCAAAUACGCGAAAAUAAUCAAAUUCAACUUCGAUCGUUUAUUGAAAAGGCCGCCAAUUUACGAAAUGACGACACCAGCGCUCUUUUGCUGGUAAAAGCUGGCUGCUUCGUCCGACACUUUCCCGAACACGCCAAGAAAUUUUUUCAGCGCGCGAAGAGAAUCUCGAACAAGUCUGUCGACGUGAAAAUAGCGAUGACGAUGUUAGACUUACACGUCGGGGAAACCUCACUUCCGGAACGUCUUCUUGAUGGAAAUGACGAGAUGUCGGAAGUUGAUGAUUUGAUAGAAUCCAUACAGAUAUGGAGUGGGGAUGAUGCAUACUUAGAUGAGAAUAUGUUCUCUACAUAUUAA